AUGGUACCACUCGACCACCACCCCAUUGUCGCUCCACCAACCCCUUACAACACCCUGCCACCUCCUACCAUUGCUCCACCAUUUCCUCCACCCACUCAUGGAAACUCAACUGCCACCCACCAACGCUCCACCUUGCAGCACAACACCCCUUUGCAGAACCCACACAACACCACCUACUGUUGA